AUGGAUCACUCUUACUCUCCAGAAUCGCUUGAGCGAAUGUCGAGUCCAGAAUGGGGCAUCGACGACGACUCGCCACCGCCUGCGCCUCGAGUCGUUGAGACGCGCGUGAAGUCAGAGUCCGUUGCUCCCUUACAUCCGACGAUCGUAGACGCUGAGAACGGCUCAACAGCCCAGGAGAGCAUAUUCGUCUCAGACGACGACGUCAAAGAGGUGACACCCGUCAAGCGCCAGCCCACCAAAGUCCAGACGAUCGCCGACUCAUCAGAAGACGAUGAACCCAUCGCCGCCACCCGUCAGCGCCACAACCUACGCUCCUCAGCGCGCAAGCCCACCAAGCCGUCGCCAAAGAAGCCUGCCCCAGAGGUUGCCGAGAAACCCAGUCCCCUACCCACUAGACCGCGACCCAUCCUGAAAAACGACCUGGUCGCCAAAAAAGCCGUAAUCAAAAGCAUCGAAGGCUACUGGGGCAAGAACUGGGUCAAAACCCACAUCCCCAAAUGCCACCGCCCCCUAUACAAAAACGGCACAAAACGCAACUACAACCGCGCCCACGAAAACGACCCCAUGAAAUGGCUUCCCUUGGUCCUCAAAUCCAUCCUCAUGGUCGCCAAGCUCACGAAGAACCGAAAGUGGCUUGCGGCCACCAUGAACGAAGUGGUCCGCUACCGCGUCAAGAACACCGGGAACCGGAAGCCACAGCUCUGCAGCACGGACUUUGAUGUCAUGGAGGAUAUGUUGGUUAAAGACUGGGAGGUGGAGUAUGCGUUUGGGGUCUGGUAUAAGCAUCUGCUUGUUAAGGCCAAGGAGAUUCAGACUGAGGAGGAUGUGGAUAGGAUUAUGAAGGUUAGUGAGGAGGAGGAUGAUGGGGAGGAAGGGAGUGAUGGCGGUCAGGACAGUUCCGGGGGGUCUGAUCCGGAGUCGGAUGACGAUGGGAAGCAGAAGUUCGGCGGGGGUCCUUCAGAUGGUCACCGGGCGAUGGGUGGUUACCACCAGUCCCCUUCGUCGACACCGCGUGGUAAAAAGCACAAGACGCCCAAGAAGGAGACGGUCAAGGAGGAGUCGCCGGCGCCUCAUCAUCCACCGCCUGGUAUGUACGGUGGUCACUACGGUCAGCCGCCCAUGGAUCCGUGGGGUCGUCCGAUUAUGCCUCCGCAGGGUGGUGGGUUCGGUGGUUAUGGUGGUUACCCAGGCUUCUACGGCUAUCCACCUUACGGCCAGCCCCCAUUUCCCAACCAAGGCCGCCAACCAUCUCAUCCAUCUCCCUUCCCGCCUUAUCCUCGCCAACCACCACCAGUGGCCCAUCCGCCCGGUACCCCAAAUCCUGCGCGCGCAGGUCGCGACACCCCCGCUGUCAAGCGAGAGUCACCCGGCCUUGAUGGCGAGCAAGUCGACAACUUCGGCAAUCCAGGGGUUUUCGAUCACGAAGGAGCCAUGGUCAAAGACGAGGAGAGCGUCAAAGCCGCGGUGGCCGUCGCUGAGGCGGAGCUCAAACUUGCACACCUUCGUGCCAUGCAGGCGAGCCUGGCGAGCAUGUCGAAGAAGUAG